GACACUGAUCGUAGGAGAAGGAUCAGAUACGAAGAAAAGCAAAGAAAAGCGAAUAACUGGAUGGUUCUCAAAUGACAACAUUCAAAAGAAGAGAAUACGAGAACAAAACUUGAAUCUAAAUGAUUCAAGACUGACAGUUGUAAUAAUUCGUAAAACUUGAAGCAAAUUCUUGGGAAUAAUAGCUGAAUAGUACUGUUUGAUGUAAAAUUGGUUAAAUACAAAUACUGGUUCAUGUGCACUCACUUUAUCCACUACAAAAAUCUGGAAAAAAAUUGUGCUGUGAAAUGAGCUUAAGGAAAGAUAUAGAAAAACUAACAAAAUUAUCUAAAGCGGAUAAUAUUGAAGCUAAAUUUCUUCCCUUAAAUGGAUUAGGACGAGCGGAACAAGAUCUUCAGAUGAAUAAUCGUCCUGUGCGCCUUCGGAAUGGCAUUAAUCGAUCUCAUUUCGAAGAAACUUUGGAACCGAUGAAAUUUGAAGACGUAGAUUAUAAUGAACACUAUUCCGAUGAAAUCAGAAAGAGCUUACGCACAGUUUUAGGCGGUGAACAUUCAAAUGAAGAUCUGGAAGAGCAUAUGAGAAAAAGACAAAUCGAGGCGGCGAAGCGUCUCAAGAGACCACCACUGACACAUUCUCAAUCGAGCGCCGAAAGCACCAGUAGUUCCUCGACUGUUUCAACGGCAUCAUCGUCAUCAGCUAGUGCAUCUGUUUCAUACAAAACGCUAGAAAAUGAACCAGAAGAAAAAAUUUUUGUUGCAAAGGAUAUUUUCCCAGAUAACUUACAAAAUAACAGAUUAAAAAGAAACGUGCUAUUUAAAUCACUUCUAAGUAAAAAUAUAAUAUCAAUGGCAGAUCUAGAGAUCAAUGACAGAGUUAAUAAUGGCUGUGAAGAAUAUGCAAUUUCUAAAGAAAACUCAGAGACAGAUUAUCGUCCGGGAGUGGAUCUCGUUCAACAUCCAGAUGAUCCAGAUUUAUUUACCCAUCCCCUAGAAGCAUACGGAAAGUUGCAGUACACUCAAGAUUUCAUAUUAGAUCGAAUCGGAACAAAGAAAACAAUGACACCAAGACAGUAUUAUAUGAACGUAAGUGACAGUGAUUUCGAGUUCGUCAAGAAGAGUAAAUAACAGAUAAAAAAAAAUAUUGAGCAUCAAAAUACUCGGGUUCAUUAGAAGUUUCGCCUCUUAAUCUUUCCAAUGUUGUCGACUUCAGCAAAUACGGUUGCACUAUAUAAGUGGUGUACAAAACGUCAUAUUAUAGCCAUGAUAACCCUUUGUCGCAUCGUGUUCUUCUUAUACAAAUCUGGCGCAGUAGCUCAAUCCACGCUACAUUGAGAAUGUGCAACAUCGUAUGCAAUAGUUACCUUGUAGUAAUAACAUAAAAUAAGUAAUUUCAAAUUUGAAGAACUCAAGUGUGAAUAAUUUUAAACUAAAUCAGUCAGAAGUAAAGAACAACUGGAAUGAAUUAACUUUAUUCUCUUUGUUUAGCCCAUGUAAUUUAUAUUGGAACAACGGCGUCUUCUAAUGAACAUAACCUUUCAACUUACAUGUACCGAGAUAGAAGCUAUUAUCCUUGACACGUCGAUAUGUACAUUGUUUAUUUUUUUUCAUAGAAAUAUGAUUAUAUUAUUAACCCAUUAACCACAGGUAUUCAAUUUGGUUAACAUCAUUGCAUUUUCUCUCUAAAUCUUAAUUAGAGUGUGUGUAUGUGUGUGUGUGUGUGUGUUGAUAAUAUGUCUGCAAUACUAGCUACUAAUGUUUGAAGUAAUAGAUACUUACUUGAUUCGAACUUUGCAACCAUUUCCAGAUUUUGAUUUCUGUGAAAUGAAAUCUGCAUUUUAUCUGUUUUAAAAUGUAAUCUUAAAUAAAAUACACUAAAUCCUAAAUUAUUCUAAUUUUUGAUUCAAUCCUGGAUUAAAUUCUUACAACGGUUAACAACUACAUGCACUACUUCAUUGGUAUUCAUUAAAUGUAAUUUGUAUACUUUAGGAUUUAGUAUUUAAAUUAAUGACGCGUUGUAAGUAAAUAAUGUAAAAUAUAAGACCAUUUAGAAAAUCUA